GCGACGCUGAGUCAUUCUGCACGAGGACUCCAGCUACUAUUAAAGAGYUCAAUCUUCUUUGCUAGUAUACGUAUAUUUCACAGCUUUUCCUUGAUCCUGAAACUUGCAAAAUGCCUUCGUAUAAGCUUCAUUACUUCAAUGCUCGCGGCCGAGCGGAGAUAACUCGACUCUGCUUCGCAGCUGCUGGUGUUAAGUACGAAGACAUUCGGUACACAAGAGAAGAAUGGCUGAAGAAAAAGGAAGAGGGUCUUAGUCCAAUGGGAUACCUCCCAAUGCUUGAGGUGGAUGGCAAGAAGGUAUGCGAGUCCAUGGCCAUUGCCCGAUACGUUGCAAGAGAGCACGGCCUUUGCCCAUCUGACAGCUUUGAGAUUGCACAAUGUGAUCAGAUUUGUGAUGCAUUUGGAGAUCUUUUGGGGAAGCUAGUGAAGUUUCAUUAUGAAAAAGAUGAGGAAAGAAAGAAAACUUUUAAGGAAGAGUUUGACAGCACUCAUUUGCCAGCUUUCUUGACUAAGAUGACAGCUUUGCUGAAGAGCAACAAUGAAGGCAAGGGGUUCUUUGUUGGUAACAAGUUCUCAUAUGCUGACAUUGUUAUUUUGCACUGUUGUGGUAUGGCACCGAUUCAAAGUGCUGUUGAAAAAUUCCCAGAAAUAAAGGCACAUUAUGGUCGCAUUGGUGAAAUUCCUGGCAUCAAGGAAUGGAUUAAAAACAGGCCAGACACACCAAUGCGUUAUAUAACAGUUGAUCGUUUACCCCGGAUCGGUUUACUCGCAAAUAACUCUCUUUGCAAAAUGCCCAAUUACAAGCUUUAUUACUUCAAUGCUCGUGGCCGAGCAGAAGCUAUUAGACUUUUAUUUGCAGCUGCUGGAGUCCAGUUUGAAGAUGUGAGGUUUGCAGGUGAAGAAUGGGCAAAGAAAAAGCAAGAGGGUCUCAGUCCAAUGGGAUACCUUCCAAUGCUUGAGGUGGAUGGCAAGAAGCUAUGCGAAUCCAUGGCCAUUGCUCGAUAUGUUGCAAGAGAGAACGGGCUGUGUCCAUCUGACAGUUUUGAGAUUGCUCUCUGUGAUCAGAUCACUGAUGCAUGUGGUGAUUGCUUUGGAAAAGUAGUCAAGAUAUAUUUUGAAAAAGAUGAAGAAAGAAAGAAAGCUGCCAAAGAAGAGUUUGACAACACUCAACUGCCUGCCUUCCUGACCAAGAUGACAGCUUUGCUGAAGAGCAACAAUGACGGCAAGGGGUUCUUUGUUGGUAACAAGUUAACCUAUGCAGAUAUCACAUUUUUUGAUACGUUCCAAAAGUUUGAGGCUGCUGCUACUGAGAAGUACCCUGAGUUAAAGGCUCUUUGUCAACGCAUUGGAGACAUUCCCGGGAUUAAGGAAUGGAUUAAGAGCAGGCCAGACACUCCAAUGUAAUGAUGGACACACAGCUGUUUAUCUCUAUAAAUGCUACUAGCAUUUCUUUUACGAGUAUUAAGGCUGUAUUAGUCUCAUUCUAAUGAAAUACCCUGUAAUAUUGUGAAGUAGAAUUGUAGCCAGAACCCUUAAUAAAACAGCAUUUGAUGUGUG